AUGAAGAACUAGUGGAUGUCUCUGCAUCUGUCUUACCAGAAUUGAAAAGAGAAACAUAUGGCAAGAUUCAAGUCUGUGCAAAGCAGAGGCUGGCUCGUUACAGUUCCUUUAACACAAUUCAGACUUCUGAGAGGGUUCAGAGGAAAGUGAACUCUGAGCCUAGCAGCCCGUACAGAGAAAACCAAGGAUCAGGUGGCUAUUCCUUAGAAAUUGGAAGUCUGGCAGCUGUCUACAGACAGAAAAUAGAAGACAAUUCACAGGGAAAAGCCUUUGCCAGUAAAAGAGUGGUACCUCAAGCAAGCAGCUUGGAUCCUGUCCUCCCUGCUGACUCAGAAUAUUGUGUCAAUCCUUUAGCCCACCAAGUAUUUUCAGUUGCUCAAACAGAUUUGCAAGCAUUCUCUGUACAGAAUGGUCUGAAUGGACAAGUAGGCACCCCCCUCCUUUCUGCAACCUGUGAUGGAGAGAUCUUGAAGCCAGCUCUCCUUGCUGGCCAGCCCCUAGUGUACGUGCCCUCGACCUCACUGUUCAUGCUGUAUGGGAACCUACAGGAGGGACCGACCCCAGGGCUAGGGUCAGAGAGAGCUGGCAAGAGCUCAGAAGUCCUGGCCAGAGCAGAGCUAUUGCUGGCACCUACAUUAGUACCUCCGACUCAGAAGCGCCUCUGUGAAGAAAGGCAGGCCCAGGAAGAGGAUGAGCCUGCCAGUAAAAGACACAGUCAGGAAUUUGAAGACAGCCCCUUAUCCCUUGUUAUGCCUAAGAAACUCUCAGAUUCCACAGAGUUUUCCUCUCCCUACACCAUGGGGAGCAGGGGAUCUACACCCCUGGAAGACAUUUGCGAGAAUGGUCAGCUCACUACUGAAGAAGAGGUUUCAGGAAAGGCUGUCGCCUCUGAGUACAGAAAUCCUUCAAGAAACACAGACACUGAACAGCCUUCCAAAGAAAAUGAAGGCGCUUCUCUGCUGCAGUAUCUUUAUGUGCAGUCACCAGCGGGAUUAAAUGGAUUCAGUGUGCUCCUACCCGGCAAUCAAACCCCACAUACUGUGGUGCCAUCCUCAGGUCAGCUGCCAUCCUUCAGCGUUCCUUGUAUGGUCCUUCCAUCUCCAACUCUGGGUCCUCUUCCUGUUCUCUAUGCCCCUGCAAUGCCUGGGCCCGUGUCUUCUGCUCCUGGCACUCUCCCCAACACAGGACCCGUGAAUUUUGGCUUGCCUGGCCUUGGAUCUACACCUCAUCUUCUCAUCGGCCCUGCAGCCAUGGUUAAUCCGAAGUCAUCCACACUCCCUUCUGCAGACCCUCAGCUUCAAGGUCAGCCCUCCCUGAACCUGAGUCCUGUGAUGUCAAGAUCACACAACGUCAUCCAACCUGAGUCCCCGGCUUACACGGGACAUCCAGUCUCAGUAGUAAAAUUACAACAGUCACCCGCUCCAGUGACCCCCAAGAGCAUCCGAUGCACACAUCGUGAGACAUUUUUCAAGACGCCUGGCAGCCUUGGAGACCCUGUCCUUAGGAAAAGAGAAAGGAAUCAAUCUCGAAACACCAGCUCAGCCCAGAGGAGACUAGAAAUCCCCAGCAGUGGGCCUGACUAA